CAACAUUUCCCUAGUAAAAACAAUUUUGCCAAAUGAAAAUGUACUGGCAGCAAUAAAAAUUGCAUUUUCUUCACGAUACAUAUGCAACUUGACUCACAUAUUACGGGAAGCCAUUUUUUCCUUGUGACCGCCUUUCAUCCGGUACACGCGGUUAUUGUCGCUCGUGCACCCGAGGACAUUCCGACGUUAAUCACGUUUUUUAAUAUUCAGUGAUACCGGUUAAGUGAUUGGAGUCUUCCAGCUUCAUUGUUUCAUGUGUCAAAGUGUAGUAGCCGGAAAGAAUUCAUGAAAAUGGCGAGAUAUGGGCAGCGUCCCGAAAACGCCCUGAAACGGGCCAAUGAAUUCAUCGAGGUUGGUAAGCCAGCGAGAGCUCUCGAUACCCUUCAGGAAGUCUUCCGAAACAAGAAAUGGACGUACAGCUGGUCAGAGUCGGUUCUGGAACCGAUAAUGUUCAAGUACUUGGACCUGUGCGUGGAGCUGAAAAAAUCCCACAUAGCCAAAGAGGGUCUGUUCCAAUACCGAAACAUGUUUCAAUCAGUGAACGUCGGUAGUUUGGAGAAUGUAAUUCGCGGAUAUCUGCGUAUGGCAGAGGAAAAGACGAAUGCUGCGAGGAAGCAGAGUCAGCAGGCCGUGGUUGACAUCGACGACCUGGACAACCUAGCGACCCCAGAGAGUAUUUUACUGUCAGCAGUGAGUGGAGAAGAUGCUCAAGAUCGAAGUGACCGAACGAUCUUGACUCCCUGGGUGAAAUUCCUCUGGGAGUCUUACUGCCAGUGCCUCGAAUUGCUGAGAACAAAUGCCCAUGUGGAGACCCUGUACCACGACAUCGCUCGAAUGGCCUUCCAAUUCUGCCUCGAGUACAACCGUAAAACUGAAUUUCGUAAACUCUGCGAAAAGCUUCGUAAACACUUGGAAGAAAUCUGCAAGCUCCCCCAACUGGUUUCCAAUGUCUCCAUGAACAAAGCUGAGACCCAACAGCUCAACCUCGAGACUCGUCUGAUCCAACUGGAUUCAGCGAUCCAAAUGGAACUGUGGCAAGAGGCUUACAAGGCCACUGAGGACAUCCACGGCCUGAUGAAUCUCUCCAAAAAGCUCCCAGUCCCCAAAACAAUGGCCAAUUACUAUCAGAAAUUGGCAAUGGUCUUUUGGAAAGCUGGCAACUAUCUUUUCCACGCAGCAGCACUCUUCAAGCUCUUCCAGCUGUCCAAAGAGAUGAAGAAAAAUAUGUCGCCUGACGAGCAACAGAGGAUGGCUAACAGAGUUCUCUUAGCAACGCUCUCAAUUCCUCUGCCAUCAGCUCAUCCUGAAUUCGAUCGCUUCAUCGAGACUGACAAAUCUCCUCUGGAGAAAGCCCAGAAAUUAGCCAUUCUCCUUGGACUUAGCCAGCCUCCAACUCGAGCGUCACUCCUCAGAGACAUUGUACGCUUGAAUGUGGUCAACCUGGCGUCACCACAACUUCAGGACCUCUACUCCUGGCUGGAGGUGGACUUCCAUCCGUUGGAACUGUGCUCACGCGUUCAGUCAGUCAUUCAAACCCUCCAAGUCGACGAGACCAGUACACUUGCUCAAUACGUCCCGGCGCUUCAGGAUGUCACUCUCGUUCGUCUUGUCCAUCAAGUGUCCCAAGUUUAUCAGACUAUACAAUUCGCUCGACUCAUCGAACUCGCUAAAUUCACUACAGCCUUCCACCUGGAGCGUCUCUUAGUCGACUGUGUUCGCUACAACGACAUGCAGAUUAGGAUUGAUCAUGGAAAGCGUUGUAUUCACUUUGGUGUUGAUCUGAGUGAGGCACAACGUGAGGACCAUCCAGAUGGGCCAGUCCUGCAGGCGAUGCCAUCAGAACAGAUCCGUUGUCAAUUGGUCAACAUGGCGACUGUUCUUCAUCGUGCCAUCAACGUCAUCAACCCCAACAAACGUAAACAGGAACGUGAGAAAUUACGUAAUGCAAUGGUUGCACUCUACCAUGAAACGAAGAGCAAAGAGCACCAGAGAAUCCUUGAGAGGCAAGUCAUCAUUGAACAACGUAAGGAAUACAUUGAGCGUGUCAAUACGAUUCGCGAGGAGGAAGAGAUGCGGCGACAGGAGGAGCUCCAUCGUCAGCAAUUGAUGGCUGAGCAAAAGCGUCUGGAGCAAGAGCGCGAGGAGCGUGAACGAAAACGCCAGCAGAGUGAGAUUCAGCAGAUCAAGGAUCGUCAUCUGAAGGAGAAAAUGCAGCAAAUAUCUCAGACGAGUCAUGGACAGAAGGUCCUCAAGAAACUCGAUGAGGAUGAGAUUAAAAAACUCGACGCCGAGCAAAUUGCUGCUAGAGAAGCUGAAGAGCUUCAGAAAGAGCGUCGUGAAAUGCAGCAGAAACUUAAAUCACAAGAGAAGAAGGUUGAUUACCUGGAGCGUGCCAAGAGAAUUGCUGAGAUUCCUCUGUUGGAGAAGGCUGUCGAGGAGCAGCAAGAGCUGGCCAAGCAAUGCUGGGAACAACAGGAGGAGGAGAGAAUCCUCGCUGCUAUUGAAGAACGUAAUCAAGCCGUUGCAACUCGUGAGCGCAUGCUGAAAAUGAAAGAAGACGCUGAACUUUUCCUGUCGAAAAUUCUUUCAGAACGCAAGAAUGCAUAUCUCGAGAAAUUGGCCGAGUUUGAGGUUAAAUUCAAUGAGGAACGGGCCAAACGCCUCCAGGAGAGGAAGGCCCAGAGGAAAGCUGAGAGGAGAGAGAAGUGGGAGAGGGAGAAGGCUGAAGCUGCCGAACGAAAGUAUCAGGAGGAACUUCGCAUCAAGCAGGAGGAGGAGAGGAAGCGCAUGGAGGAGGAGCGAGCUAAGCGCGAGGAGGAGGACAGAAUCAGGCGGGAGGAGGAGGCUGCUAAAGAGGCUGAGAGGUUGGAGAAACUUGCAAAACAGGCUGAAAUCAUCAGGGCGAAGGAAAUGGAAAUCGAACGUAAACUGGAGGAAGAAAGACGUAAGCAUGUUGAACCUUCGACCUGGAGACGAGGAGACAAUACUGAUCGCGAACGCUCUGCUCGUCCAGAACGCGUGGGCUUCAAGGACCGCGAACGUGAGAAGCCAACUGAAUUGUCUUCCUGGCGGAGUGAGCCCAGAGAUGAAGUCAAACCUAGAGAUGACAGAGAUGACGAUCGCAGACGCAGGGAGGACGAUCGAGCGCCAAGCAAGUGGGGUGGCUUCAACAAAGAUAAGGAGAGAGAUUCAAGGUUUGAGAAGGCUCCCAUUCGUAAUAUGGGCUCAACUUGGAGACGUGGUGGAGAUGAUCGCAGGGAUGAGAGACGUGAUGGGGAUGAUAGGCGAAGCGAUUUCCGUAAAGAUGAUAGGCGUGACGAUAGGCUAGCAGAGAGAGGCCCACCAAAACGUUCAGACGGACUUCGACGUGGUGGUGAUGAUGACAGACCCAGAUAUCAACGCUCCUCUGCAUCUACGGAGGGCUCCUGGCGCAAUCGAGAGAGUCACGACUCACCACGCGAUCCAGCACUCAAGCGUGACGAGAGAGACGAUCGUGACCGUCGAGAUGAGAAACCUAAACGUGAAGAGCGACGAGAGGCGGCGGAGGACGAAGGCUGGUCGCGCGUAGUCAAACGCUAAAAAUCUAAUAGAAUUUGUCUCAUUUAUUAAUAUUGAAAAAGGAAAAAUAAUAAAAUUCAGAUAAUCUUUAUGAUAAUUUGUCUGAGCACUGGGAAUAUAUUCGCUUCGAUUUUUCCGGAGUAUUCGAAUACUAUAAUCGAAGCUAUAAAAUCAUUUUUUACUGCCAGACUUUUUACCGUUAUUAAUUGAUACAGGAGUGCGAAUGUAUAGAAUUAUUUGAAUUUUUCUUUUUCCAUCUUCAUCUCAGUUGUGAGUAUUGUUUCAAAAGCAAAUUAACCAUUCUUAUUAUGCUUUGUAAUAAAUGGGAUACAGCUGACCGGAAAAAUUGAAGUUGAAUUAAGGGAUUUAUGAUAAUGAUGAUUAUGUAUGUGAGCAAUGAGGUUCGAUAUUGCUAGAUCGGUAUACCUCUAUUAAUAAAGUUCUCUUAUAUCUUAAAA